AUGAAGGACAAUGGUACAAGUAAUGAUAAGAACUCCAUGAUGGAUUGCCUCAAGAAUGGACUCAUCCUUAAAUCUCAGCUCAGUUACUUCACUGUUUUGGUUUUCCAUCACACUGUGAUCCUCCUUCUACUGACAAACUCUUGUAGAGGUCAGUCUCAGGAGGUUGGACCACCUCAGCAGAUUGUAGCAUUUCUCGGUGAAAACAUUAUCUUGCCAUGCAAUCCUCAACCUGCCGAGGACUCUGUUUCCAAGAGUCUGGAAUGGGGAAGACUUGACCUGGUACCCAGAUUUGUCCAUGUCAGGUCUGAAGGUCAAGACCUUUUGUCUGACCAAAACCCAUCCUACACAGGAAGAACGUCAAUGCCUAUUGAGAAACUGAAGCAUGGAGACCUUUCACUCACACUUUCUGAUGUGAAAGUCUCUGAUAAUGGAACAUAUCGGUGCUACAUUCCCUCAGAGGGCAAAACAUCUACUGUUCAGCUUGUUGUUGGUUCUGUCUCCUCACCUGUAAUAGUAGAGAUAAACUUAAACACCAGCAGAGUGAUGUUACAGUGUGAGUCUAAACGCUGGUAUCCAGAGCCUGAGGUGAUCUGGCUGGACGGUGAAGGAAACCUCCUCUCUGCUGGACCUACAGAGACAGUCAGAGGUUCUGAUGGUCUCUAUACUGUCAGCAGGAAAGUGACUGUGGAGAAGAGACACAGCAACAACUUCACCUGUAGAGUCCAACAGAACAACAUCAACCAGACCAGAGAGACACACAUUGACAUUUCAGCUGACUGCCUGGUGAUAGUGUCAAGUUUUGCUGCUCGUGUCAUCAUUGUCUCUGCUGCUUGCUUCAUCUGUACGCUGACAUUUCUGUUUGUUUUUUGGAAACUGCAUCAAACAAAAAAGGAGGAAAAGGCCAAACUUGAUGAAGAGUUCCAGAAGAACAAAGAAGAGCAGACAGACUUGGAGCAGAUUGUUAAUACAGUGAAUGAACAGAGGAAAGAACUGGAGAAGCAGAGAGAUCAACUCAAACUUGAUCAGGAUGAGAUACAUAAAAAAUGUGAUGAAAUUGAGGAGAAGCUUCAGUCAGUGGAGAAAAGAACAGAAAGUGACAGUGUGCAAAGAUUCUUCGACCUGAAAGAAAUCAUAAUGGAGGCCAAAAAGAGUCUGCGUCAGAGAAAUGUCGAUAGUGGGAAACUGGUAGAGAGCACACAGAGUCUGCUGAAAGACGCUGGGGAAAUGAUUAAUAAAAUGGAAGACAGGAAGAAGGCAGUAGACAACUGCAUAGAGAAAAUCAGAAAGCAGCAGCAGGAGAUAUAG